GUACAGAAACCAAACCAAAAUGAGAACUGUCGUAUUUUUCAUUUUAGUAUCUAUUUUUUUGGUUGCUUUAAAGCCUACCGGUACUCAAGCUCAAAUUGUUGAUUGCUGGGAGACUUGGAGUCGAUGCACGAAAUGGAGUCAGGGUGGAACAGGUACUUUGUGGAAAAGCUGCAAUGAUCGUUGUAAAGAGCUCGGGCGUAAACGUGGCCAGUGUGAAGAAAAGCCUUCGCGUUGUCCUUUAUCGAAGAAAGCAUGGACUUGCAUCUGUUACUAAAAUUUAUCAACCAGAUCAAAAAUCUGCGUACGCCUUAACCUAAACAUAAUUUUAGUCGAAACACAUUUUUCCACAAUCAUAAUAAAAUAUUGCUUUUAUGUGAAA